AUGCGAGCUGAGCGCCAUAUAGGACCACUUCUUCCUUUUGAAGAACUAGAAUAUGAAGCUAGCAUCGAUGACUCUUGCAAGCAACAGGAAGAUUGUAAAAACAAUACAUUUGAAGACUGUGCUCUUCCCAAUCCAAGUGCCUUGCUGCAUGUUACUAGUAGGAGAAAAGUGCCAUCCAGGAAGAAAAGCAUACCAGAGAACAAUGAAUUGGCAGAAAUGCGAGCAGAAUUUGAGGAUUUGCUAUUGAAAUAUGAAACUGAGAGAACCAUGAGUGAGAUACAAAUUGACUACUUAACAAGAAAGCUUGCAGAGGUUGAUUUUUGUCCGGAUGUGAAAUAUGAAGACAAUUCACCAUGUCAAGUUGAAAAAAUUAUCAUUCAACUGAACACAAACAAAAGUUUAAGGGAGUCGGAGGCUAUUCUUGUGAUUAAGCAACUUCAAGAAAAGAUAACAAUGUUGGAGAUGGAGAAAUCUUCGAGCCAACAAAAUUGGGAUUGUGUUGUUGAGUUAGCGACUGAGCAGAAUAUAUGUGCCAUGGAGAAGUAUGAAGAGCUCUAUGAAGAGCUAUUGAAUGCACAGGAGGAGGCCAAGAUGGCUCGUGAACAACUCACACCUGUGGAAUCUCUCAAAUUGGCUGAUGAGAAUUUUGAAUCGUUGACCAAGCUAUUAGCGGAAGUCCAUGACAUUACGUUGGAAACUAAAAAUUCAAGAAUCUCUUCAUUUGUGGAUGAACUUUUCCUUAGUUUCUCUACCACAUUAGACCUGUUUGCUGAUCUUAAGUCUUUGGCUUUCCAAAAUUCUGUGCAAACAAAAUCAGUACUUCAUGACCAUGAGAAGUUACAGUCUGGCAUGAGGCACAAAGUAAAUCUCCUUGAGAAUGAGAAGCUUCUUCUGUACAAUCAAUCCAUUGAGCUACAGAGUCAGAUACAAGAAUUAAGUCUGAAUGUUCAAAAUUCGACGAAGGAACUGACUGAACUUUACCAACAGCAUGAACUGGAAAAGUCAGAAUUCCUCAUUCAAAUUCAGACUCUCCAAAAAGAAAUAUCAUGUUUAUCAUCAAGUUCCUCGGCUAGAGAGAAGGAAAAUAUGAGAAAAGAUCUCGAGAAAACAAAAACAAAGUUGAGAGAGACAGAGUUCAAGCUUAGGAAUGCCAUUCAGGAGAAGACAAAACUAGAGGGUGAAAAAGCAUGUGCUGAGAGAGAACUAAAGCAGUUGCAUGGCCAGAAAGUUAUUCUUGAACGUGAUAUCAGCAAACGCGACUCAAUUGCCGGGAAAAGGCGGGAUUCAGUUUUUGAAAGGGGUUCAAAUAUAUUUGAUUCAAAAAAAGCAAAGGGUCUUAAUACAUCCAUUGAGCAGACAAUGCAGGAAGAUUACAAGAAGCUGGAAGUGCUUGCAUUUGAGAUGGAGACAACUAUUGCUUCUUUGGAAGAAGAACUAGCAGCUACACAUGGGGAAAAGGAAGAAGCUAUAUCUAGAACUGAGAGUUUGGCUUCAGAGUUGCAGACCUUGUCUGACAAGUUGAUUAUUACAAACUCAGAAUUGAAUAAGUGGCAGGAAGAAGUUUCACGCCUUAGAUCCUGUUUAGAAGAAUCUGUAUCCUACAAUCAGAAGUUGGAGACCUCUAUUAAGGUGUUGGCAGAAGAAAAGGAAGAUCUGGCAUUGCAACUUACUGAUGCCCUUUUGGCAAUGGAGGAGGAAAAGGCGAUAUGGUCUGCUAAGGAGAAAGCUUCCAUUGAAGCCAUUGAAGAUAGCACAAAAUUAUAUAAUGCUGAGACUGCCUUUUUAUCAGAUGGAAUGUCAGAGGUGAGAAAUGAACUGGAGUCCUGUAGAGAAGAAUGCAAGGUCCUUGGGGAAAAAUUGAAAAUUUCAGAGGAAACUGCAAAGUUGGAGAUAAAGUCCAGGAUGGAGAAAUCAUCGGAGAAUGAACAACUGCGGAAUGAACUAAGAAUGGCCGACGAUCAAAGUAAAAGCUCGCAAGAGAGCUUGAAGUCAAAACUGGAGAUGCUUUCUUUAGAGCAUUGUCGUGCAUGUGAAGAAGUGGAUAAGCUUCAGAUAGAGUUGAGUUUGCUCAGUAAAGAAAAUGAAAAUUUGGUGGACAGGGUUGAACGGUUGGAUGCAGGAUCAGUUCUUAGAAAUGACUUUCAGUUAGCAAAGUUAAACGCUGAAGUGGAGAAGCUGACUGGGAGGAUAUCCAGCUUGGAAGUCAAGAUGCACAAUGACGAGGUUAACAACAAUAAGGAAAAGGCAAAGCUCAGAAUGAGGCUUCGAGGGGCACAAACCAAAUUGGAUGUGUUUCGUGUUAGAUACAUGGAGGCAGUGGAUGAGUUGGAAUUCAUGAACAUGAAAUAUGCGGCGGCUUCAGCAAAACUGAAGGAUCAAUUGGCUUCUUACGGUGUUGAGGUCCUGAACCUUAAGAAGCAGCUUGCUACUACAAAGGGGCAAUGAUUGAAUCCCGGAAUUUUGGUUUGUUAACCCUCUAUUCAUGUCUCAUUUUUUUAGUGUUCGAGUAAUGCAAAUCAUUGUAAAUAAGAAAAUUCAAGAUUUACGGCUUUUAGGAAUUCAUCCAUGGCCCCAAUGUUGGCUAACUGCCAAUCAUGAAUGCUAUGUACUUGGUUCAUGGAGAGGGUGUAGAUGAAAUGAAACAGGUGUGAAUCUAGUGCUAUACUUGUUGAUAACCAGUUGACCCAUUGUAGGAAGGAAGGAAAUCAAGUUGCAGAAAAUAUGGCAUCAAGGCUG